GGCUAAAACCCUCGCUUCUCUCAGCGGCACCGGAAGAAGCCGUUGCGGCAGUCCAUGGCGGUCACCUCUCCCUCUUCGUCUUCUUCGCCGUCUUCAUCGGAGCCUCAUGGCAGGGGCGGCCUCGGGGGAGGCGCGAGAAGGCGGCCGCUGGGGCUCUUGGAGAACGCGAUGAAGCGCAAGGACAGCUUCGUGCAGCUGUUCCUGAUGACCGGGAUCCUGAUGAUAAGCCUGCGAUCGCUGGGCCAGAAAUACCGUAUCCACGACCUCUCCCGCGACACCUCCGAACUGCGCCAGGAGAACGACUCCCUCGCCCUCCGCAUGGCCUCCAUCAAGGACGCCCUCCUUCACGAGGCCUCCCUUGAUCCCUCCGGCCUCCUCGCCUCCCACCUCCGCCGCCUCUUCCAAGACCCGAACUGAUGACACUGAGCUUUCAAAGCUUCCUCUCCCCUCCCCUGAGUUUUGCAGAAAGUGCAGUUAUCAAGACGUUGCCAGCCAAUCUGCAGCAGCAAGUUGUUUGAUCGUUGAGCCACCUGCCAACCGUGGGAAAGAAGAUUCUUUUUUUUUUUCAGCUGUGGAUUUUGGGACCAACUUGAACAGCGUAGAUAGUUACUUGAGUAUUAGAAGAAUCCAUAAAGUAAACCUUUUAAACAUGAUUGUGGUAAAAGAUAGGCAUUCUGCAUA